AUGGCGAGCGCGUGGUGCGGCUGGUGCGGCGCGGCGCCGGGCUGCGGGCUGCUGCUCUUCUGCAUCCUCCUCUUCCUCGUGCUGCUGGGCUGCUCCAGGCCGCUGGCGCUGCGGCGAGGCCGCGGGCAGGUGGGCUACGUGCCGGCCCCCGGGCUGAGCCCCCGGCAGGCUGCCGGCCGAGCCCGCCGCGCCCGCCGCGCCGGGGCCCCGCCGCCGCCCUACCCCAACGGCUGGUACCGCCUGAUGGACUCGGCGCAGCUGCCCCGCGGCGCGACCCUCGGCAUCGCCCUGCUCGGAGAACAGCUGGCUGCCUUUCGCACCCGGGAUGGCCAAGCCUACGUGGUCGAUGCCUACUGCCCACACCUCGGGGCCAACCUGGCUGCUGGCGGGCGCGUGGUGGGCAGUUGCAUCGAGUGCCCGUUCCACGGCUGGCGGUUCCGAGGAGAAGAUGGGAAAUGCAUCAGCAUCCCCUAUGCAGACAAAGUGCCAGAUUUUGCCAGGGUCCGGACUUGGCCGUCCUGUGAGGUGAAUGGGAUGCUGCUGCUGUGGUACCACUGCGAAGGGCUUGGGCCAACAUGGGCAGUGCCUGAGCAGCGUGAGAUCACCAGCAAAGAGUGGGUGUUCCGUGGUCAGACAGAGCACUUGGUUGAUGCACAUAUCCAGGAAAUCCCCGAGAACGCGGCUGACACGGCUCACUUGGCUUUUCUCCAUGGACCAGCUAUUCUAGGCGGGUCUGAUCUGAGAUACACAAGGUCCAAGCUGUGGAAUUUUAUGAAGCACAUCUGGAAGGCUGAAUGGCAGCCAGAGCCAGAGCCCAAUGGCCAUUGCUCCCGGAUGCUGCUUCAGCACAGCGCGACUGUUUUCGGGCUGCGUGUCUCCCUGAUGGAUUUGACUGUUUCAGCCAGGCAGGUGGGACCAGGGCUGGUUUUCCUCUUCUUUGAACACGCUUUCCUGGGCCAUGGGAUCAUCCUGCAGACAGUGACUCCCCUGGAGCCUCUCCUGCAGAGUGUUGUCCACAAAAUCUACUACCAGAAGAACAUUCCAGCCAUUAUCCCCAAAUUCAUCCUGAGAGCAGAGUGCAUACAGUUUGAAAGGGAUAUAACAAUCUGGAAUAACAAGCAGUACCUGCCCAAGCCACUGCUGGUCAGAGAGGACUCCAGCAUCCAGAAGCACCGGCGCUGGUACGCCCAGUUCUACAGCCAGAAGAGCACGAGGCUCCCGGUGCAGAAGGAGGGCCUGGACUGGUGA